UACAAAUUGUCAUUGUUGGGAUUUUAAUGAACUCCUCAAUUUGAUAAGGGCUUACAUUCGUAAGACAAGAUCUGUUUUUGUAUUGUUUAACGCAAAUACAACAUUAUAUUAAAACAUAAUUUGUAUUUACUUUAAUUAAGGGUUUAUGUAAAUAAUUUAUCGUUUCAUUUGAAUGUAUCGCAUUAAACUUCAUGUGUGGAUUUUUAAAAUGUUUUUAUGCGAAAACAUGUGUAAUCAUUUAAGAUUGAUCGCAUGCGAAACGAACAAAUUAAGAAUGACGUCACUUCUCGCGUGUUCGAUUGUUGUCAGUAUCCUUAGCAUCACAAGUGCUCUUCCGGAUCAAACGAACCCCUUCGACAAAGACGUCCCAUGUCGUUUAUCAACAGACCAAGACAUCCCAUGUCGAUGAUCAACAGACCAAGACAUCCAAUGCCGUUUAUCAACAGACCAAGACAUCCCAUAUUGUUUAUAAAAAGACCAAGACAUUCAGCAUUGUUAAUCAACAGACCAAGACAUCCCAUAUUAGACAUCCCACAUCGUCUAUCAACUGACCAAGACAUUCCAUGUGGUUUAUUAACAGACCAAGACAUUCCAUAUCGUUUAUUAACAGACCAAGACAUUCCAUAUUGUUUAUCAACAGACCAAGACAUUCCAUAUUGUUUAUCAACAGACCAAUACAUCCAAUAUUGUUUAUUUAUAGACCAAGACAUCACAUAUUGUUUAUCAACACCCAAGACAUCCCAUAUUGUUUAUCAAAAGACCAAGACAUCCCAUGUCGUUUAUCAACAGACCAAUCCAAUCCCAUAUCGUUUAUCAACAGACAAAGGCAUCCCAUAUCAUUAUCAACAGAACAAGACAUCCCAUAGUGUUUAUCAACAGACCAAGACAUCCCAUAUUGUUUAUCAACAGCCAUGACAUCCCAUAUUGUUUAUUCACAGACCAAAACAUCCCAUAUUGUUUAUCAACAGACAAAGACAUCCCAUAUUUAUUAUCAACAGACCAAGACAUUCAAUAUUGUUUAUCAACAGACCAAGACAUUCAAUUUUGUUUAUUACAGCCAAGACAUCCCAUAUUGUUUAUCAACAUACCAAGACAUCCCAUGGCGUUUAUCAACAGACCAAGACAUCUCAUAUUGUUUAUCAACAGACCAAGACAUCCCAUGUUGUUUAUCAAUAGACCAAGACAUUCCAUAUUGUUUAUCAACAGACAAAGAUAUCCCAUAUUGUUUAUCAACAUUCUAAGACAUCCCAUAUUGUUUAUCAACAUACCAGGACAUCCAAUAUCGUUUAUCAACAGACCAAGACAUACCAUAUUGUUUAUCAACAGACCAAGAUAUCCCAUAACGUUUAUCAACAGACCAAGACAUCCCAUGUCGUUUAUCAACAGACCAAGACAUCCCAUGUCGUUUAUCAAAAGACCAGGACAUCCCAUAUUGUUUAUCAACAGACCAAGACAUCUCAUGUCGUUUAUCAACAGACUAAGACAUCCCAUAUCGUUUAUCAUCCGACGACGACAUCACAUAUCGUUUACCAACAAACCAAGACUUUCCAUAUUGUUUAUUAACAGACAAAGAAAUUCCAUAUUGUUUAUCAACAGACCAAGUCAUUCCAUAUUGUUUAUCAACAGACCAAGACAUCCCAUAUUGUUUAUCAACAGACCAAGACAUCCCAUAUUGUUUAUCAACAGACCAAGACAUCCAAUAUUGUCUAUCAACAGACCAAGACAUCCAAUAUUGUCUAUCAACAGACCAAGACAUCCCAUAUCGUUUAUCAACAGACCAAGACAUUCCAUAUUGUUUAUCAACAGACCAAAUUUGUGUGACACACCAAUACCGGAUGACGAAAACGACUGCGGAAUUGCUGGCGUAUGGCGUAACCAACUGCAGUCGGUGAUGAAGUUCACCUGUGUUGCGGGUCACAUCGAGGGCCAAUAUUUCACCGCUGUUGGUCAUGCUGAUGGUUUCUAUGACUUGGCUGGAAAGUUCCAGAUGCCGGACGAAAAUACAACCGUUCCGGGAUGGGCGGUUGCUUUCCACAACCUUUUAUACGGGAAUUCCAACUCCACAUGCGCUUGGUCCGGAAUCCACUACAGCCAUGAAGAGUCUUCUUCCACCCUAUCAAUGCGUAUGUACCUCAAAUACAACAGGAGACAGGAGGGAUUGACGAGGACUUAG